AUGAGUUCCCCUGCGGGUGUUACUGUCAUCUGGGACUACCAAUAUUAUUGGAUCCCCCAUGGCUACGAUCUUUGGAGUCUCAAAACGAGCAUUGAAACUGCCCUCAAACGAUGCAAUCCUGAUUUCUUUAUUGAAGGGAAACUGAUUGCGGUUGGAACCGCCACCGGAGACAAACAUGAAGCCAUUACCAUGCUCCCUGAUGAGAUCGAACUCUCACCCAUGCCAGAUUAUCAUACUCGAGGACCAGACCGUGACUUGGCUGAUCAAGCUGCCACUUUUUUGGUCAUGGAGAUCACCAUGAAAGCGCUUGCCAACAGGGCCAACAUAUUGGUCAUUUCUGGAAACUAUGAUGUGAUGGGUGCGAUUAAAGAAUGGAGAAGGGAUAUCUUUAUGAUGUUAGCCCUACCUGAAAGCUCCUCACCAAGCGUCUACCCCAUUGCCAACGUGACUUGGCUUUGGUCUUCCGAUGAUCCUGAGAGAGCUGCUGCUUCUAUGGUUAAUGGAGGUGGUCCGAUGAUCCCUCCUGUACAGUGUACACCCCCGUAUUACAGGAUGAGCUAG